AUGUCGCAAAGGCGGAGCCGGAGUUCGUCGCCGCCAUGCCCACCGCAGCAGCAAGAUGAUGAUGAUCCACAUGAUGUUCUCACUCAGGCUAGAAAGAACCUCCAGGCCUUGCUUGAUUCGGGAGUCUCUCCGUAUAUGCUUCUCAGUCGGGUGGAUGAAGCUCACACGGCCACGGGGUGGCAGCAAGAACAGUCUCUGCAGCCGCGUCCGAUUCCCUUUCAGCAACCACAGUCAGAUAUUGCGCCGCUCCCUCCUGCUCCUGGCUCUCUGAUACCCGCAAUUGCGAGUGACACGAAUCUCCCCGUGUCUGCAUCCAGCAGCAGCGCCACCUCAACAACGGCCACACCCAAAGCUGAGAUCAAGAGUGAGAUGUCGCCUGAGCGGCCUUCGUCAUCUAUUAGCCACUACCCAGCCUCUAUCUACUCUGUCUCAUCUCGAUCUUCUGGCCGUGCCUCCAUCUGGUCCACGAGUUCCGGCCAGUCUUCCACAUCGCGGUACUCGAAUCCAACUAUCCAAAUCCAACCAUCCCUCCCUCUCUCGCCAGCUUCAGUCGUCAAUAGCCUCGUAGGCCGUCCCACCAGCACAACGAGCAGAAAGAGUAUCUACUUUUGUACCUCUUGUGAGUGCAUCUUUAGGCGCAAAUAUGACUGGAAGCGCCACGAGGAUGAGUAUCAUGAGCGCUGGCGCAAGUACCCAUGCCCUGACUGUACGCGAAGCUUUUGGGAUUCUAACUCGUUCUCCUAUCACCACAAAAAUUGUCAUGGCUGCAAUCCUUGCACCCAUGCCGAACAGAUCGUCAGAUAUCUCCGCAAGCGCAAGUACUGGGCUUGUGGCUUCUGCUGCGCUCUGCAUCCCGCUCGCGAACGUCACGUAGAGCACGUUGCCCGUCACUUCGAGUCUGGCCUGACCAAGGGUGACUGGACGCACUCGCGCGUCAUCUAUGGGCUUCUCCAUCAGCCUCUCGUUCGUGAAGCUUGGGACCGCCUGGUUGAGAGCAAGCGGCCAAAACAUAAUGAGAACCGAGAACGGUUUUCUUGGGUAUACAGCGAGACCCGCCGUGCCUAUUCUGAGAAUGGAGGCCCCCAUCAGCUACAGGAUAUUCUUGAAUUCUUUUCUGGUGACGAGAGCGAGGCCCGUCAGGUCGCCCACCUAGCUUACGACUUAGCAAAUAUAUUCUCACCAGAUUCGGCACCGGAGGAUCCCUUCUGGACAUUCCUUCUCGACCGUAGCCUGUUCCCCUCGCAGCCAUAUCCCACAACGUUGCAACCCUCACCAGACUCUAUCUCAGACGGCAUCUCGCACUCCCGCUUCAGGUCUCCAAUAGUACCCCCAAUGCUGGGGUCAACUCCGAGCUUAGAUGGCAGUCUUGAGUUGCAGUCCUCAGUAAUACCACCAGCUAUGGCCGCCGGCGAAUGUCCCAUAUACCCCCAGAUCCGCCCCGAACCACUCUCAUUCGGUGACUGGGAGACACUCACAGGCAGCUUCAUGGGAGAGCAGACGACACACGUCCAACAGCGCCAGCCCACAACUGGCACCACGUCUGCUGACUGGGGAAUGCUUUCACACUGCAAUGGACCCCAAGCCACCCCAAGGUCGUUGCUCGAGAACCCGGAGCCAGUUUCAAUCCAUGAAGAUGUUAACCAUAUGACUGCUGAGAAUUCAGAUUCGUGGAGUAUAAUAUUUCUGAAGCCGAAGGUUUUCGUACAGGAGCUAGCAAACGACAUGUUCUGCAGGACCCGUUCAGGAAGUGUGGAUGAAGCGAUACGAAAAAGGGUCUCUAUGAGUCUCCCCGACCUGCUAGUGGCUUUUGCGAUAAAGUUUGGGCUUGAUGGCCCAUCGAAAAAGCAUCGAGAUGUCGCGUAUUUUGUGUUUUGUCAUAAAUUUGAGAUUGCCAAGUCUUUUGCUGAGUUUUGUUUCGAACGAGAUCAGCAGGACGCCGCGGCAGGCCCUGUUGACUCGGAUGACACCUACCUGGAAAGACUCAAGAACCUUUGGCUUACGAAUGAUAACCCUCCAAUGCCCCAGCAUACGGAAGAGAUAAAUAAGCCUGAACUAGAAGGCCCCCGCCCCCAGGAGAGUCAUAUAAGUUUUACUCAACCAAACCCAGAAACUAGGGUUAAUCGGUCCCCAAGUGAGGGGCCUAUCGAAAUGAUCGAAAACCAGGAUGGGGAAAUGCCUGAGAUUUGGCUUCUCUCUUUGCGAGAGUUUGUCUACAAGACUAGGGCUUAUGCCUGGCUACUUUCGCGACUAGACAGCGAAUACCGUCUCUGUCCAACAGAGCCAAACAGCCUUCGGGCGAUCCGGGAAGGGGUUAUGUCAUCGCUCCCAUUCAAUCGUACCAUAGGUGGAGACACGACUGUGCAGAGAUGUUAUGCGAGAUAUGAGCUUAAGUGGGACAUUCUUGGAUUCUUUGAGACCCAGGGGUAUUCGGAAAUGCCAUACCGGGUAUUCGAGAGCGUCAUCACCCUAACUGGAUCAUGCCUAGAUGCACAGGCCGCAACUUGUGCGCAAUACUUACGCCAGACUUGGCCAUCGACAGGAGAGGCAAUGAUUCGGCUGCUUAAAGGGGUCCUCCUGGAGGAAGAGGGCCGUCCGCAUUCGUGCAAAAUGUCAGAUGGAACAAUACUUGUCGCAUGGCGCGAAAGAUCGACAUUCGUGGUAGAAGUUGACGGGGAUAAUAUUUCCGUUGUGGAGGCUGCAGAACAGCUUGGCUGGCUCGGGGCUGCUUUUAGAGCUUCGCCACGGCGGAGCGGGCUUGUCUACUGCACGCCAACUAUCACGAAUAUCCGCCAGUACAGUACCGUGCAAGAGGAGACUUUAGCUGACAUCACAUGUGAAAUCGGAUUCACAAUGGAAGAAGUCUCCAAGCAUGCUAGCAACGGCAAUGGCCAGUGCUGGCACAACAUCUUCAGAAAUCCGGUAAUAGUCAAAGGUUAUCCCAUUCCUCAUAGAGUUGAGAGGGAGACAGGCCUGGAGGUGUCACUCAACAUAAUGGCAGGGCUGGCUGGAACUGAGCGAUUCGACCGAUUUAAAGAUCUUAUGUACAUCAAGGGGUUCUCAACAAUGCUAGUUCCCACGAAGAGGAAUGGGAAUAUGCUUUACUGGCAUCUGAUUUACAAAGAGGACGAGGGGCGGAUAUCCUACCUAGACGACUAUGUGGACCAAAAACAGCACGUUCACAGUGCGGAUCUGGAUGCCCUUCGCCAUGUCUUAGGCUGGUGCUCAGAAGCCAACCUCUAUGCUGGUAAGAACUUUUUCAACAUGUAUCUGAGUAGUACUAGUAACAUUAAGCAUUUGACAGGCUCGGCCAAAGCAGAGUUUCCUAGCACCUACUUAAGGCUCCCCAAGCCUCAUAAAGGCUGCGCACUCGCUGACACUGAGGUGUCGGCAGGACGACUGAUCCAAGGUGGGCCGGCUUUUAGUAUCGGUAAUAAAGACAUGCCAGCUCGAGUGUCCCGAGGCGGGUAUAUUCCUGGGCUUGAAUGGAUAUCCACCAAGUUCGUCCUCCUGUGGGACGAGGAUGAUAAACGAGGAUGGCUCAUGAACGGCGCAAGCGCAUUAUUACAUGUCUUACGAGCCUCUUUGGAGUAUACUGGCAAGGGCAAAUUCCGAUCGGCGCUCCUUUGUAGCGGGGAAGAUCUUGAAGACUCUCCUAGGCCUUUUACAGCUGACGCGGCCGUUGACGUGCUAAUCAAUCCACUUAAUUUGGGUCUGAAAUUGUACCGCGAGGGGGAUGGCCAUAUUCUUCUCCAGAGCCUGGUUGAACGCUUUUAUAACGUGAUGGAGAAGAUGAUUGACCAUCAAAUGGAUAUUGCCGGACGGUGUGGCCGAAACCUGAGUGAAACCCCACGGGGAUAUCUCGAGGGCUGGGAUUUUGAGGAUUUGGCCAAAAAGCGAGAUCCGUUGUAUCCGUGCGUGGCUAAUCUAACCGCCGCUGGGAGAGGAUGGGUCGAUUUUACGAGGUCCAUUCACGCUGUCACAUUGAUUGGCCGCGGGUUUGGUGACAUUAUCCAGCCUGCUGGCCCGAAUGUCUGUGAGAAAUGGGCCAAGCUUCCAAAGCAGCAAUACUACAUCUCAAGUUUGGUCUCUGACCUGGCCGAGGUGAUGAGAGUACAUGGCAAUUGCGCUGCCGAUCAUUUUCGGCUCAGCGAUGACUUGAUAUGGCACACCCCGACUACGAUCUUCACGAUUUGCCAAUGCAAGGAGGGUUUAGGAGGAAAUCAUUGUGAGCCCGUGCAGACAAUUUUCCCAUUGUCUCUAUCUACCAGAUUGCCUCCCAGAAAGCAUCCGAUUCCGAAUGGACAUGGGGCUGUUAUUUUCGGGCACAAUUCACACUUCUCGUGGGUCUGGGGAGAUUCCGGACACCCCCAGGAAACCAGACGCAGAGAAAAUGCGUCAUUAUGCAGUGUGGUUGAGAUGGAAUUUGAUUCACCCAAUGACAGUGGCAUUGGUCUAAGCCUGGCAUCGUCGAGAUCCGAGGGGCAACGCUCAUCUCGGUCAGAGUCGAGCAAUCGGCGUUCGACGCGGGUCCCGAGCGACUCUGACAACGAGGCCAUGAUGCAGGAACCGUCAGAUUUUGUCAAGCAGAAAAAGUAUAGCAGAGGGCAGUACAAAGUGGGAAUUAUCUGCGCGCUGCCAAAGGAACUCAUGGCAGUCCGAGCGCUGUUUGACGAGAAUCACGACAACCUCCCAGCGUCGAAGUUCGACACCAACAGCUAUUCGCUUGGCAUGAUGGAGCAUCACUGGGUUGUAGCCGCUUGUCUCCCGAGCGGCGAGUACGGUACCAACUCUGCCGCAGCCGCCGCAGCCAACAUGAGACGAAGCUUCAAGUCCAUCCGCUUCUGCCUUUUGGUGGGCAUCGCGGGCGGCGUGCCAUCGGACAAGAACGACAUCCGCCUUGGGGACGUGGUUGUCAGCAGACCUACAGGAAAUUGGUCCGGGGUAAUCCAAUACGACCUCGGCAAAGAGAAAGAAGGCAGGCCUUUUGAACGGACGGGCUCACUGCGCCCUCCGCCCCGUGCCCUCAGCACGGCCGUCAGCUCGCUCCGUUCGGAUCCGACCCUGCCGACGGACCCACUAUUCCCGUACCUCCAGACGAUCCACGCCCGUCUUGCCGGUUUCCCCCAGUACAAGCCGCCGGACAAACCAGACGUGCUGCCCCGAACCGCCUGCGUCUCGUGCAGAGAUCACCAGGUAUACCGCGAACACUGUUCCCACCCGGUACAUCGCGUCCCGCGUCAAACGACUGCACCUGUCAUACACUACGGACUCAUAGCGUCUGGCAACCGCGUCGUCAAGGACGCGGCGACCCGGGACCAAUUAGCCGACGACGGCGUGCUGUGCGUUGAGAUGGAGGCCGCUGGCGUGAUCAACACGGUUGAUUGCCUCGUGAUCCGCGGCAUCUGCGAUUACUGCGAUGUUCAAAAAGAUGACGACUGGCAGGAAUAUGCGGCGGCGGUGGCGGCGGCAUAUGCGAAACUUUUGCUUCGCUACGUCGCUCAUGAGAAAAUCAAGGCGGGCCGAAGGAAGUGGAAAUUUAGAAUGACCAAUUCGUAA